CCGUCUGCCCGUGCGGGGGAGGGGCGCUGCCAUGGGGCUGCCGGCUCUGCUGGUUCUGGCGCUGCUGGUUCGGGCGGUGCUGGUGCCGGCGGCUGCGGGCCGGGAGGUGCGGAGCCUGCGGGGGAGCUGGCGGCUGCGCAACGCGGACGGGUCGUUGCGGCUGCGGGGCGCGGUGCCGGGCUGCGUGCACACCGCGCUGCGGACCCGCAUCCAGGAUCCGUACUAUAGAUUUAAUGAUGUGAUGUACAGGUGGAUCUCAUUGGAUAACUGGACUUACAGCAGGACAUUCAAAAGUCCUUUUGACAUCAGAAAGUGGCAGAAAGUGAAUUUGGUUUUUGAGGGAGUAGAUACAGUAGCACAGAUCGUAAUGAACAAUGUCACUCUUGGGAGAACAGACAACAUGUUCAACAGAUAUAGCUUUGAUAUUACCAGUGUGAUCAAGGAGGUCAAUUUUAUUGAAGUCCGUUUCUUAUCAGCAGUUUCAUAUGCAGCAGAGCAAAGCAGAUGUCACAAAGCAUACAGCAUCCCCCCGGCGUGUCCUCCACCUGUGCAGAAAGGAGAGUGCCAUGCUAAUUUCAUCAGAAAGGAGCAGUGUUCAUUUAGUUGGGACUGGGGCCCUUCUUUUCCCACUCAAGGGAUCUGGAAAGAUGUUAGGAUUGAGGCCUACAACCAUUAUCACCUGAUUUACUUUUCUUCGACUUCUUUCUUUGUAAAGAGUGCUUCGCAGUGGCGUCUUGAAAUCGAGUCUAUUUUUGAUGUAGUCAGCUCCAAGCCAAUUGCAGGUCUUGUGACUGUCAACAUUCCCAAACUGCAAACACAGCAAACGUUCAAUGUGAAGCUUCAACCUGGAGAAGGCAGCAUUGUGCUGCUUGUAAACAUCAACAAGAGCUCAACAGUAGAGGCUUGGUGGCCAAAUGGACAUGGAAAGCAAACUGGAUACAACAUGACCACAACUUUCAUCAUGGAGGCGGGAUACCAGAUUGAGAAAUUUUCAAAGGCCUAUUUUCGGACAGUAGAACUUGUUCAGGAGCCUAUUCCUGGCUCACCAGGUCUGAGUUUCUACUUUAGAAUCAAUGGCCGACCCAUUUUCAUCAAGGGCUCGAACUGGAUUCCAGCAGAUUCUUUCCAGGACAGAGUGACCUAUGACACAUUAUGGCUACUCUUGAAGUCUGCAGCAGAUGCUAACAUGAAUGCACUUCGGGUUUGGGGAGGAGGAGUAUAUGAACAAGAUGAAUUUUAUGAUAUUUGUGAUGAACUAGGAAUAAUGAUUUGGCAGGAUUUUAUGUUUGCAUGUGCGCUUUACCCAACGGACCAGAAUUAUUUAGAAUCCGUAAGAGCAGAAGUUUCUCAUCAGGUAAGGCGUUUAAAAUCCCAUCCGUCAAUUAUUCUGUGGAGUGGUAACAAUGAAAAUGAAGCAGCAAUCGCAAGCAAUUGGUUCUCCAUACCUUAUGCUGACAGAGAAGUCUAUAUCAAAGACUACGUGACGCUUUAUGUGAAGAACAUCCAAGAAAUAGUUCUUACUGAAGAUAAGAGCCGUCCUUUUAUUACAUCCAGUCCCACCAAUGGCUUGGAGUCAGUUAAAGAAGGUUGGGUCUCCCAGAAUCCUUAUGAUACCCAUUAUGGUGAUACUCACUUUUAUGACUACACUAGUGACUGCUGGAACUGGACAGUGUAUCCUAAAACUCGUUUUGCUUCAGAAUAUGGAUUUCAAUCCUGGCCUUCCUUCAGUACAAUCGAAAAGGUUUCCUCUGCUGAGGACUGGUCCUACACAAGCAAUUUUUCUCUCCAUCGACAACACCAUGAAAAUGGCAACGAUCAGAUGCUUCAGCAGAUUGGGUAUCAUUUCAGGCUUCCCCAGAGCUCAGAUCCCAUAAAGAAUUUCAAAGAUACGAUUUACCUCACUCAGGUAAUGCAGGCUCAGUGUGUAAAGACAGAAACCGAAUUCUAUCGUUUUAGUCAAAGUGAAAUAAUCAAGGGAGAAGGACACACAAUGGGAGCUCUGUACUGGCAACUCAAUGACAUUUGGCAGGCACCUUCAUGGGCUUCCUUGGAGUAUGGUGGCAAGUGGAAACUGCUCCAUUAUUUUGCCCAGAAUUUCUUUGCACCACUGCUGCCUGUGGCCUAUGAAGAUGAAGGCGCGCUUUACAUCUAUGGUGUCUCAGAUCUUCAUGAGGACCACAAGCUGACUUUGAGGGUUGUUGUGCACACCUGGAGUUCUUUGGAGCCGGUAUGCACCCUUUCUAAUGAAGGUGUCAUCGUUAAAGCACAAAGUGCUGUCCCAAUCUACAAAGUGUCCAUAAAUGACUUGCUGGAAAGAUGCAGAAAUUGUACCAGGAAGAGCUGCGUAAUUACUUUCUAUCUCGUGGGAGAAGAUGGGCUCCAGAGUCCUACGAACUAUCACUUCCUUUCAUCACUGAAGGAUGCUGUAGGACUAGAAAAGACCCAGCUUAGUGCCUCUGUAUUGCAGCAAGAUGACAUUUAUAGAUUUGUUCUUCAGACCACUGCAGUUGCCCCUUUUGUUUCUCUGGAUGUUGGCAGCAUAAAAGGCAGAUUUAGCGAUAAUGGUUUCCUCAUGACUGAGAAGGAGAAAGUGGUUGUGUUUUAUCCUUGGGAACCUACCAGUGUUGAAGAACUAGAAAAGUCACUAACCUUGACCUCUCUGGUGGAUGUUGUGUGAAGAUACUUGAUUUCCUCCUAGAUAAGGAGUGAAACGGGAAGAGGAAAGAAUUGGAAGAAUUUAACUGAAGUUGAUGUACAGUUUGGACUGACUGGUGAACGUUCUGUCUAUUCCUGUCAUGUAAAUUUUAACUGCUGGUUCAAUGUAAAGAUGUCAACAGCAAAACUUGUGUAUAAUGUACGUGGUGCAUUGAAAGUAAGCCUUUCUCAAUUAAUGGGAAAAAAAAUAUCCCACGUAUAAAGCGGGAGGGGUGAGUCAGUGCAAGAGAGCUAGCCUGAGUUCUCCAAUUCACGUGAGAUGAAUUACUGGAUCGUGAAUUCAUCUUAAGAGGCAACACAAGUAUACUCCUCCAGACUAUGGUUGUAAAAAUUGAUACUUUUUCCAAUUUCACUAUGCCAUAAGUAGAAAUUCAUCUUAGGACAACAACAAGGUGUGCUGGGAGCCAAGGGGAAGAGCAGGGAGUGAAGCUGGGAUCAUCUCUGUGGGGGUACGCCCCGACUUGAAGUGGUUUGGUCUAUCUACACCCACAUUGUGGGAGCACUAGUCCUACCUUUGCUGAUCUAUGGCUGUCCUGCUUGCCUCAUGCCAAGUAGGCUUCCAAAUAGACAUGAAACCUGGGCUGCCUAAUCAGACAUCAGGCAAAUCUGUUCCCCUCCCGAAAGGGGAAUUGGGUAUGAGAAUUUUUUUCUUCUCUCUUCUCGUGCAACAUUGAGUGGUAACCUUGAGAACUCUGCAUCUAGCUGUGUCUCUUCUCAGAUGCUGAAGGUGCAGUCACAAACCUUUUACUGCUGCAUGGGAUCCUGCAUAAGGUGGUGUAGUAUGAGGUGUGCAUGGCUGUGAGAAAAUGAACGGGGAGAAGAAUUGAUCAAAGAAAGUGGUAUAGAAAAAAUGAUCACAUGUGAGGACCACGCUUAAGUGGCUACUUUUUCUCUAGUAGGUGCACGGUGCAGGGACUGCUGUUGUCACACUGAUAUUGCUGCACAGCCACUCUGUUGCCUCCUGGCAUUCCACAUGAGUGGCCCUCUGCUCCACUCUGGUUCUCCUCUCUUUCCAACAAAGGAAAACCUCUACAUCAUAAUUUUGCUUUUUUUGUGUGUGGGUUCCCCAUAGAAGACACUGGCUUAUGGUUACAUCUGGUGGCACACUUAGUCCAUACAACAUAAUGGUGCUUUACCUUCUGUUUCCAAGUAAGUUUUUUAAAUCUUUAGGUUUCCCGUAGAAGUGUCAUUGCGCUGUGGCACUUGAUAUAAAGACAAUAAAGCUUACUUCAGCAUGGGGGAAGCGUUGUAGCUGGUGGAACUGAAAGCCCGAGGGUUUGGAAAUCCAGGCCACUGAACUGCGCUGUGAGCAGGUUGCUAAACAUUGGGCUUCUGUGUCAGGUAUGGUUUGAAAUGCAGCUGGGAUCUUGCUGGGGUUCCACAAGGAUCCUCUCGCAGUCCAAGCAAGUAUUAAUUUUCUUGCAAAGCACUUAGCAGAACCGGCACUUUAUGGCAGAAGGUGUUUGAACAAGCUUUACUGGUGAUGUCCAUUUUGCAGCAAAGGACCAUGUGGGUCAUGCUUGCUGGUGUCACUGUGGGUCUGCAGCACGUGUGAGGAGAUUGGCUUUGUGUUCCAGUGGUCAGUUAAAAGAACUUGGAAUGGGUGAUUGUUCUCUUGCAGUGAUCACAGUUUUAAUGAGUAGAGAGAUGAGCAUAUUGGCUGCUGCCCAGUUAUCUCCAGGGUGUUUUGAAUUGUGCGUUAACCAAAACUGACGCAUUCCUGAGCAAGACGAAAACCUCGAAGGUUAAGGGGAAAAGAUAAAUGGAAGUUUCUUACAAAUGCUGUAUCAGAUCACCAAAACAACUAAAUGCAGUUCCACAGGAGUGCUUUUCUGAUUAAAAACUUGUCCAGUAAUCAAAAUGUUUGUGACAAUGUUCAUAGGUUAUAUAAAAUAGGGAAAAUGAUAGUCAUGAAUAAAACGUAACAGUUAGGAAAUGUAGAUAUUGAUAAAGGAAUAUAAAAGUUAUCUGGGCCAAUAAUACAAGAAAAAUAAUUCAGUUUUUUUCAGUGUCCAGGAAUUAAACUUGAAUCAAAGCAGCAAUGGAGUCAAUAUAAGGUAAGCAUGGAAAAAUGUUGAGGGAAUAUGCAAUAAACAUGAUUAAUAAAUAUUGGUUCCAUGCAUUAGGAAAAGGGCAGUUCGGUUGAUGUCUUAUCUUAUAGUGAUAUGGAAAUGUCUCUUCCAGCAAUAUCUAGAUAAAAUGAGAACGAAAAGAAACCGUCCAGCUUGUUAGAGAACAGCAAACACUGAGCAGUCACGCAAGGGCAAUUGAGCUUGUCCAGUUUGCUCUCCGCACUGCUUUCCUCGGGAUUAAAACCCCCUCUUCUCCAAGACAAUUUUGCAAGAAUGAAAAUAGAUGUCCACCUUACUUUAUUUAAGCCAGAAAGGCUCUUGAAAUCCCUCUUAAGAGUUUGUAUCAUUCCUGAGACUUGUAUAUGUUCGAACAGGCCAAUUUUAUUAAAAA